CCAAUGACGAAAGAUUACAACAGAGAAACUCCUUCACCUGAAGAAACCAUUAUCUUCCUUAGAAAGAUGGAGGUUCCAUCUAAGGCGAGGUGGACCCCAGACGACAUCUCCUCUACCCCAUCAUCUUCAGGGAUGCAAAAGUCCAGUUGCUCCAGUCUGAAGAUGUUCCUGGCUGCCCUGUCCUUUGCCUACUUCUCUAAGGCCUUGUCUGGGAGUUACAUGAAAAGUACGAUAACCCAGCUGGAGAGGAGAUUUGAUAUCCCAAGUUAUUUGAUAGGUGUUAUCGACGGGAGCUUUGAAAUAGGUAACCUAUUGGUGAUAGCCUUUGUGAGUUAUUUUGGUGCCAAGCUUCACCGACCUAAGAUCAUAGCGAUCGGAUGUGUCCUGAUGUCGUUUGGGACGUUCCUCAUCGCCGUGCCUCAUUUUAUUUUAGGACGCUAUAAGUUCCAAUCGUCAGUUAGAGCGUCCAUGAAUUCAACCACUACCUUCGGUCCAUGUCCAGCAAGCUCAGCUGAGUCCACACAGGCAGGUGACAAGGCCUCUAUACUGCCGUCUGUAGGCUGUGAGCAAGAGUCCAGUGUGUCUAUGUGGAUCUAUGUGUUCCUGGGUAAUGUGUUAAGAGGGAUAGGAGAGACUCCUGUACAUCCGCUGGGAAUCUCCUAUAUAGACGACUACGCCAGGUCUGAGAAUGCAGCCCUUUACAUUAGCUGUGUCCAGACCAUAUCAAUCAUAGGUCCCGUCUUUGGCUACUUACUAGGAUCCUUGUGUGCCAAGAUAUACGUUGACAUAGGAUACGUGAACAUGGAGACUAUCACCAUCACCCCAGGCGAUGCCCGCUGGGUGGGGGCGUGGUGGCUGGGGUACCUCAUAGCCGGGGCUAUCACCCUCAUGUCUGCUGUACCCUUCUGGUUCCUGCCCAAGUCGCUGCCUAUUCCCGUGGAUAAGCAACUUAAUGCCAACUUCACCCCAGAACAGACCCGGUUCAUCAAGGACUCUCCCUCAGCCAUGGAACAUAAGUUUAGACCAGAGGAACCGGCCAACUUCCAUCAAAUGGCUAAAGAAUUUGUUCCAACAUUGAAGAGCCUACUGGGAAGUCCAGUCUAUAUAACCUACCUCUGCGUGACUAUUAUUCAAUUCAACUCUCUCAUCGGCAUGGUAACCUACAAGCCCAAAUACAUUGAGCAACAUUACGGAAAGUCAGCAUCAAAAGCCAACUUCCUAAUGGGCAUGGUCAACAUCCCUGCAGUGGCUCUGGGGAUGUUCUCAGGGGGUGUGGUCAUGAAGAAGUUCAAGCUGGGUGUCAUGGGAGCUGCUAAGUUCGCCUUCGGGACCUCCCUGCUGGGGUACUUCCUGUCCCUCUUCUUCUUCGCCAUGGGCUGUGACAACGCCAAGGUGGCUGGGAUAACCAUGUCAUACACAGGGGUGGAGGGUUUGUCGUACCAGCCGCCAUCUCUGUUCUCUGAGUGUAACUCCGGUUGCCUGUGCUCCGGGAGUGACUGGGACCCUGUCUGUGGAGAGAACGGGAUCACUUACGUGUCCCCCUGUUUGGCUGGCUGUACAUCCUCUACCGGAGCAGGGAAAAACACGGUGUUUAACCAGUGCAGGUGUGUGGCGGUAACAGGGGCAGGUUCUCAGCCCAGUAACCUGACUGCCUCCCUGGGUCACUGUCCAAUCAGAGACAGCUGUGACACAAUGUUCCCCUACUUCCUCUUCUUGUCUGUCAUCACUUCCUUCAUCAUCUCUCUGGGGGGAACGCCAGACUCCCUAGACCUCCAGACUCCCCAGACCUCCAGACUCCCAUAUUAUUGUAAUGUUUUACUCAGUGAUCCCUCCCCAUGUCCUCUCCUCCAGGUGUUUAACCAGUGCAGGUGUGUGGCGGUAACAGGGGCAGGUUCUCAGCCCAGUAACCUGACUGCCUCCCUGGGUCACUGUCCAAUCAGAGACAGCUGUGACACAAUGUUCCCCUACUUCCUCUUCUUGUCUGUCAUCACUUCCUUCAUCAUCUCUCUGGGGGGAACGCCAGGCUUCAUGCUUCUCAUCAGGUGUAUUAAGCCUGAGUUUAAAUCCCUUGCUCUUGGAGUCCACACGCUGGCCACCCGGACCCUGGCUGGCAUCCCUGCACCUAUCUACUUCGGAGCCGUCAUAGACACUACCUGUUUAAAGUGGGGAAACACACCAUGUGGAAGAAGAGGAGCGUGUAGAAUCUACAACACAACAGCCUACAGGGUAGUAUACCUGGGUCUGACUAUGGGCCUAAGGACUGUCUCUUUCUUCCUGUGUAUACUGGGCUUCGCUCUACUCAGGAGGCACGUCAAGCAGGAAGAGAAAAUAGCAUUGACCAAUGGGAAUGUAGAGAUGGAGUUCGAGUCUCUCAGGAAAGAGGAAAGCAACAACUCUAUCCACUCGGACCAGUUUGUAAGAGCGCUGGACUGUAACCCUGACAGGGAGACACGGCUUUGAUGGUCCUCAAUAUCUCAACAUAGCUCGACUCCAAGACAGAAUGAAACAGGUGUCGGGGGAGCAACUUUUGCCUACAUAAAGCUAGUUGUGAUCUCCCCCAAGUGGGUUAACCCUGUCGGAGUAGACUGUGUUUAGCAAGUUAGCCAACAGUCUAAGAAGCCCAUGUUUUCCCUGUCGUCGUUCAUUACAACAGUAAUCAUUUUUAACAGUACCAGUGUUAAUUAUUUUUGGGGUGAAUAUUCAGCAAAUAUUUUGGUGAAAGGUGUCAGUACCCUGCGCUGGUACUCCAUACCAUUGUGCACCUGCUCCACCUGACCCAAUACAUGCCCUGACAUCUCCUUUUCCGGUAUUUUUCCACCCUGAAUACAAGUGAUUUAGCAAAGAGAGACGAGCAUCAAGUAUAUUUGUACUGUACUCCUGUAGAUGAUGUGAAAAUAAAUGGAUGUUUUUUUGUUUA